UGUGGAAAGUUGUUUUUUUUUUUUUUUUAGUUUUUUUUCCUUCCUUUUUCUUUUUCUGCAGAUCCACCACCCUACUCACACUGUGUAUAAAGUAAAUACUUUCAUGAUGAGUAAGAGCACUACUGAUGGAAUAUUUGCUAUGGAGAAGGUCAGAAGGAGUUCUGACCUCCAUGUUUAGAAGAGGUGAUAUGUGCUGGAGAGAAAGAUGAUCCGAUGUGGCGACCCCUAACGGUAGAAGCCGAAAGAACGGCAUCAAACAGGAAAAGAAAAAAGACAUCAACCGACUCCUUCCGCCGCGAAUCGAUUCACACGAGUCACUUAACGGAAUCGUUUAAAGAGUGGUUUUGGAGCUUUGCCCGUCAGUGUAGGUUAUUAAAAUAAACGGUAAGGCAUAAUAAUGUAACAGUGCUGAGAAUAAUUCCAUCAAACAUCGACCACACCUCCGGUCCUGGGAGGCGUAGAGCAGACUGGGAGACGCCGUGCCAGGUAUGAAUCAAUCAUGGAAUAGCGGUCUCGGGUUGGCUGUGAAAUCCGGGUUGUUUAUCAUAAACGGCCGUGUAAAACUGCACUCCACACAUCUUCAGCUCCAUCAAACCUUCGGUCACUUCAUCGGGUCUGCUCUGGUAAAGGUUCAGCUAAACGUCUGUGUCUCCUUUGUGCUGAUGUUUACGUCAGUUCAGAGGGAAAAAAGGUUGUGUUUAGACACUGAAAAACGUCCUCGGCAAAACCUCUGUCAUAUUUCACUAGUACUGCAGUAGGACCUGAUUAGCCUGGUGUGGACCGUCACUGAGACUACUGGCUAUUUUUAUAGACCGUGCUCGGUUGCAGACGUGGCGUGCGUGCUUAUGAUCUAAAGUUUCUCUUAGUGAGUUUUGCUAAUGGAUCACUGGCCUUGCAACCUGUAAUAAUGAGAAUGGCACCCAGCCAUGGACAGACAAAUGCCCAGAUUUGUGACCAUCUUUUUUCUCUUGGCACUGUCAGGGUUUAUAAUACUCAUCUGCAAUAUCACAUCUCUGGAGAAGUUGAGUGGACAGGUUAUAUCUACCUUCUACCAAAUACAAAAUAGCAUCCACUCGGCCUUUAAAUCCCCUGGAGUCUUGUGGCCACUAGAGUUAAACCACACAUACUGUGCACACUUUGGCCAGGAGCCCACACCAGAAGAGGCAAGAGAAGAGAGAUAUCUGCUCAAUUCCAUUGCAUGGCCAGGCCCCAUAUUGCAAGGCUUGCCUGUGGAACUUAGCAGUGACCCUUCAAAAAGCUACUUUGUGAUUCAGGGCCCAGCAGAGCAACGCAUAGGCAGUCAGCUUGUGGUUCAUGUGCAUGUUCAGAACUUUCUGGGUCAGCCUAAAAAGCAUGGUGGAGAUUUCCUUAUAGCUCGGCUACAUUCGCCCGAACUCAGCGCUGGUGUUGCAGGGCAGGUACACGAUCAUCAUGAUGGAAAUUAUACAGUGUGGUUCCCACUGUUGUGGGCUGGCGUAGCCUGGGUGGAAAUCACCAUGGUGCAUCCGAGUGAGGCAGUGGUGGUGCUCAAGCGGUUGCAAGAGGAGCAGCCCAACCGGGUGUUUUUUAAAAGCCUGUUCCGCUCUGGCUUCUUAUCAGAGACCACCGUGUGCAACCUAUGCCUGCCACUUAACCAGCAACCUCUCUGCAAUUACACUGAUCCUGAAACUGGAGAGCCAUGGUACUGCUACAAACCCAAAAUCCUAGGAUGUGAUACACGAAUAAAUCAUUUUAAAGGGGGAUACAAGAAGAACCUCAUUACUGAGUAUGAAGCACAGUUCUUCCAGAGUGGUAUAAAUAUAAAAAUUCCUAUACAUGCAUCAGGGAUGGACAAUGUGACUGUAUUGCCUGCAGGACAAAGACAAGCCAGGAUAAAAAAUAAACACAAACCUGCUGGCUACUACUUUCAUAAUUCAUGGAGGCCUUUGAGUGGUCCAGUCAUCCAGCAGUUUAAUGACUCUUCAACCAUAACACGUUGUCUUAGAGGGAAGAUCGUAUACAUGUUUGGAGACUCCACUGUGCGACAGUGGUUUGAAUACCUCAUUGCUAAUGUUCCUGAACUGAAGGAAUUCAACCUUCACAGUCCUAAGAAUGUGGGGCCAUUCAUAGCUGUGGAUAAUAGAAACAACAUUCUGGUGCGCUACCGCUGCCAUGGGCCACCCAUCCGCUUCACCUCAGUGCUUUCCUCUGAACUGCGCUAUGUAGCAAAUGAGCUAGACAGGAUUAAGGGUGGGCCAGAUACAGUGGUUCUCUUGAGCGUGUGGUCUCACUUCAGCACUUUCCCAAUCGAAGUAUAUAUACGCCGGCUACGGCACAUUCGCAGGGCAGUGGUGCGGCUGCUGAACCGUGAGCCAGCAACCUUGGUGGUGAUCCGCACUGCCAACCUGCAGAAGCUUGACCCGGAAAGCAGCCUGUUUAACAGUGACUGGUUCUCUUUACAGAUUGAUGAUGUUCUGCGUGCCAUGUUCAAAGGACUCAAUGUGCAUCUGCUGGAUGCCUGGGAGAUGACGCUGGCGCACCACCUUCCCCAUCUUCUGCAUCCACCUCCCACCAUCAUCAAAAAUAUGAUAGACCUUAUCCUCUCUCUCAUCUGUCCAGUUGGAAGAAAAAAGAGGAGUUAACAUUAGACUAAAUUGUAAUAGACAGUUUUACAAUGUGUCUGAUUCUAAAGCAUUUGCCACAAUUCACAGUUGACUCAUUAACUGCUAAUCUUACACCAGUGAAAGGGUGUGAUUACAUUUUUAUUUUUAUGUAAAGUAAAAGAGUUUAAACACCACCAUUUCACAGUUCAUUUAAGUAUUGUAAUGCCAUCAAAUGUGUGAGUUUUAUCCUUUUAUUUAUCAAUAAAUAUUCAAUAAUAA